AAAGUGGUGUUGAAGGUAUCAGUACUGACGACAAAGGCAAGCAGAAGGCCAUGAAGGCAGUCUCUAGUGUUUCAGGUAUCAAUUCCAUCGCCAUGGAUGUGAAGGAGAAGAAAAUGACAGUUAUAGGGGAAGUGGAUCCUGUGUGUAUCGUGGGAAAAUUGCGCAAGUCCUGGCACACAGAAUUAGAUUUUGUUGGGCCACCGAAAGAGCCUGAGAAGAAGGAAACCACCACCACGGUUACGGAGAUUGUUAACGCAUACCCUCCCUACCAUGUAGUCGAGACUGUUGCAGAAGAGAAUUACCCCAGUGCUUGUUGUGUUAUCUCUUAA